CUUCAACGUCGUGUUCACAACUCAUAACUUACGCCUCCUAACUCGACCAUUCUUCGACAUUCUUUCAUCUCACCGCCGAUUCAUACGAUAGCAUAAAAAAAGGGUGCGCGCAUCUAUUUCCAUCACGAUUUUCCAACGUAGCCCUGCCGACGGUCGCGGUCACCGUCGUCCGCCCGCGCGUCAUAGACAAUGACGUCUACAAUCACCCCGUCAAAACCACAACAGCGAGCUCCGCAAAUGAGUCCACCUCAACAGCCCCAUCAUCAUCACCAUCAUGCUCAUCCUGGUUCACCGCCGAGCAAACGUGAUUUGAAGUCAUGGUGGAAGAGCUUCCAAACCCGAGCGAAACAUCAAGAGACCCAAGAUAUACAACCCAAGGGGAUAUUCGGCGUCCCCCUACGCCAAAGUAUCACUUACGCGAAUGUCGCUAUUUCACUCGUCGACGAGAAAGGGAAAAGUUAUAUUUAUGGAUACGUACCAAUCGUGGUAGCCAAAUGUGGUGUUUUUCUGAAGGAGAAAGCCACUGGUAUAGAGGGGAUCUUUCGCCUCAGCGGUUCAGAGAAGCGCAUCAAGGAGUUAAAGUUACAAUUUGACUCUCCUGAUCGAUAUGGCAAAGGUCUCGUGUGGGAUGGAUAUACGGUCCAUGAUGCUGCUAAUGUCCUCAGACGAUACUUGAACGAUUUACCCGAACCCGUCGUCCCAUUAGAUCUUUAUGAACGGUUUCGAGAUCCCUUGCGCGGACACACGAAACAAGCUGUUGGCGAUAACGAGGGCACCCAGCUAGUCGAAGAUUUUAACGAAGUUGAAGCUAUAGAGAAGUAUCAACAGUUAAUUAAGGACCUGCCCCCGCUCAAUAGGCAGUUGCUUUUAUACAUACUAGACCUGUUAGCGGUAUUUGCCGCCAAGGCCGACGAGAAUCGAAUGACGGCGCAGAACCUAGCCGCUAUUUUCCAGCCUGGAAUGCUCUCUCACCCGCAGCAUGCCAUGGCGCCCGAAGAGUACCGACUAAAUCAAUGUGUCAUCAUUUUCCUGAUUGAAAAUCAGGACCAUUUCUUGAUCGGUAUGCAAGGCACCGCCACAGACGAGAAGACUAAACAAGAAAUUGAGAAGGGCCCGCCGACCGUUGUGACGCCUGCGACCCCGAGUCGCAGCACUGGCGUAGUAAGAUCCGCCUCGAAUGCGAGUGCUGGCGCUGAGAGCGUUAGCAGAGAUGGCAAGAUCCGGAGGAAUCGUUCUACGUCCUCACGACAUUCCUUACAGUCCAAUGGUGCAUCCACACCUGGCAGCCCUGCCUUAACACCGAAUAGUGGACUUGCUAGAAGCAACACAGUUCCAUCGAAGAAGUCUCCUCACAUUCCUUCGGGACGAUUUCCAUCCCGACAAAGUUCACCAACUGUUGCGGUGGCUCCAGCUUCGCCUUCGCCCGCUGGCCCUACUGCAGGUCCUCCCCCAACAGUGGCCGAAGAAGCACCGGUUGCUCCUGAACGAUCACCAGCAACGUCUCAACACUUAACCCCUAUGUCAGCAGGAUCACAACCUGCUGUUAGAAGCCAAGAAAGGUUGUUGGGGCCCCCUAGCGAAUUUGCGACGCCUCUGAAGGAAAGGAACCUCCAGAGUCUGUUUCAACGAACGCCAGGUUCAGCAGAAGGCGAAAGACGACAACCCAACAAACUACGAAAGAAACGAUUAGCAAGCAGUACGAACCCAAGCGCGCAAAGCUCUACCGCUUCCUUGCCUCAUUCGGAGGCAGUUUCUCCAGCAGUUGACCCCUCAAGCAAUCCGAUAGAGUACAAAACCCACCUUGAUCCAACUAUAUCAGAAAAUGGCACUUCUGUAGAAACUCCUUCAGAGCCGACCCCGCGAGCAUCUCAAGUGCCAUCUCAGGUUCAAUCUCGAGUGUCGUCUCAGGUACCAUCUCAAGCACCGUCCGCAAGUACUACUCAGGUUGACCAAGAGCAUAUCAACUCUCUCAAACCAAAGUCAUCACCUUCAACUUCAUUACAUUCCUCAUUUAACGAAGGAUCCGACGCAGAUCAAGUAGAAGAAAACUUAUCUGCACCCUCCGCCACAGACAAUGCCGAGAAGGAGAAGAAGCGUCGAUGGCGCAUAUCUCGACGGAAAGAAGAUAUGCCCGGCGCCCACACUCCCCCUCAAAACUUAGGUAACAAUAGUAAUGCCGAAAUGAGCACUUCGUCAGUUGGAAGUGGGCAGCGGCCGCGUAAAAGUUGGACUGGUGACUCUUCCGAUGUAGCAGCAACGCUAGCUGAAUACGAAGCAGGAAACAGAGAGAAGGAAGAACCCAAGGGCCCUCUUGGAUGGAUCAAGAAUAAAUACCGAGAAGCAAAAGAGAAUGUGGAAAUCAAGCGCACGAAAUCUCCUCCCAGGGAACCGGGACAAGGAUUCCUGUACCCGGGCGGGAAAAGCGUGGAUACUAUGGGGAGCAUUGAUGAGAAGGGGGCUCAAACAACCCCGAAUCCUACUCAGACUGUCAGCCCAACUCCCGAGCUAAUUUCCACGACUGCUCCACACGACAUCCCGUUACCGAGCUCCCCGCCACCUACCCAGGCGACACACAAUGAGAGGCCCUCCAGUACCUAGGCGGAGGGGGCUUCGCGCCAGGGUAGGAGAAGGAGCAGUGUCUAUUGGGACAUGACGAUAAGAUUAGUUAAUUCAUCGAGCGCGGUCCUACUCAGAAAUCGCAGGCAUUCGCAGAUGGGCGACUUGGACGGCCAGGAUAAUUAAUUCUUUCGAAAUUUUGUUUGUUAGGGUUGCCUC